AUGCCAAAUUGUCUCAAUUGGGUUCAGGUUAGGAGAGUUAGCCAGUCAAAUACUGCCUUUUCAAAAGCCGAAGAAUAUCCUUUAGCGUUGUCUUACUAAAAGAGAAGCUCUGGGUGUUCUUGCAAAACUUCUUGGACUAAGGGUACAAUAAUACUAUAAUACGACGCUUCAUGUAUUAUCUCUUAGUCCUCCCAGAAUAACCCUUUAUAUCAACCGUAUUUUCCAGAUACAUAACCCCAAAAUAUCCAACCUAUUUUGCGUUGAUAUCGAGGUUUAAUAUAAUCAAAUUCGGAAGACAGUAGAAGUCUACACCAAAAAUCUGCAGGACAACUGUCCUGGUAUCGGCUUUCAAACAACGAGCACACAGCUUCUAAUCAAAAUGGCCGAAUCUAUUGCGAAGAUACCUAACCGAAUACUGCAAAACGAUUGUGCUACAGAGUUUGGAGGUUUAUGCAAGCAAGGACGCAUCGCAGAAAAUUCAAACUUUCCUGCUGUACUACAUUGUUAAUCCUAUCAUUGCAAUGGACGUCAUGCGACCUUCCAAGCAGACAAGCAACAAGAGUCCUCGCCUAAUGGACAAGGCUGUCAUCGAGUCGAUCCAUACAAAGAUUUGGAAAGUUACUCUGGGCGAUCCAAAUGAUGAUUCAAAAAAGUCGGGUGCCAAUUAUACUAGAAUUGUUGGAUUGGGGUUCAAAUAUAGUGUUCUAAAUGAUUGA